AUGGCAGGGUGCAGAGUUCCCGUGGCCUUGGCGGUGGCCUUGCUCUCUGGCGUGCUGGCCGAGAGCGGGGGGGCCCUGGAGAACCACUCUGUCAUCCAGGUGCCCAACGGCGGCCCCUGGGGCGCUUGGGCCUGGCAGGAGAUGUGCCCAGAAGGGACCUAUGCCACGGGCUUCAGCAUCAAGGUGGAAUCUUAUCAAGGCCUCACCAACGACGACACCGGGAUGAACGGGAUCCGGCUGCACUGCACACGCGGGGACAGGCACCCGGCCCACGAUGUGGAAUCGCAGAGUGGCAUGUGGGGGAAAUGGUCAGAGCCCCUCUGGUGCCCCCCCGGCGGGUAUCUGCAGAGGUUCUCCUUGCGAGUAGAGAAGGUCCGCGGCGGCAUGAAGGACAACAUGGGUGCCACCAACAUCCGCUUCACCUGCUCGGGUGGGGAGACCCUGGAGGGCCACGGCUUGUCCUGGGGGGAGUACGGCGUGUGGAGCCCCCGCUGCCCGAAGGGUCUGUGUGGGGUCCAGACGAAGCAGGAGAUGCCACGCGGGGCCCUGAGGGACGACACGGCUCUCAACGACGUCCGCUUUUUGUGCUGCAGCCACUGAACACACCCCCUCCGGGGAUGAAGCCCCCCCCAGCCCCC